AUGGCCGCCAUCGCGUCGCUCAACUGCAAGAGCAAGGCGAGCCCGGCGAACACGCCCGGCGCCUUCGCGACGGACCCCUGCUUCUUCAGCCGCGGCGCGCACACCUACCGCGUGCCGCUCGGGCUCCACGCCGACAACCGUGCGGCGCUCCUGGAGCGCCUCAAAGACCACGCGCCGGGCGUCUGCCUCUUCGUCGGCGGCGACGCGCACGAGCGCAACGACACGGACCACGAGGAGCUCUUCCGCCAGGAGUCCUACUUCCAGUACCUCUUCGGCGUCGCCGAGCCCGGCUGGUUCGGCACCGUCGCGCUCCCCUCCGGGAAAGCGACGCUCUUCGCGCCGGAGCUCGGCCCGGAGUACGCGGUCUGGAUGGGCAAGAUCGCGACGCGCGAGGAGCUGGGGAAACGGUACGGCGUCGAGGUGAAAUGGACGUCGGCGCUCGCGGCCCACUGCGCGACCUUCGACGUGACGUACGCGCCGCGGGGCGUCAACAGCGACAGCGGCAACGGCAUCCACGAGCGGCUGCCGCCGCCGGCGGACGUGCCGAACCUGAGCGACGAUCUGUCGGUCCCGAACGCGUUAUUCCUCGCCGCCUGCGAGGCCCGCGUCUUCAAGAGCGCCGAUGAGGCCGCGCUUCUACGCUACGCCUCCUGGGUGACGUCGAACGCGCACGUCGACGUCAUGCGCGUCGUCAAACCCGAGAUGUACGAGUACGAGCUCGAGGCCGAGUUUUUAUAUCGCUGCGCCCGGGACGGCGGCUGCCGCAACUGCGCCUACACGUCCAUCUGCGCCUGCGGGCCCAACGCGGCGGUGCUGCACUACGGCCACGCGGGCGCGCCGAACGCGCGGCGCCUCGAAUCCGGCGACCUCGCGCUGCUGGACAUGGGCGCGGAGUACCACUGCUACUGCUCGGACAUCACGUGCACGAUGCCCGUGGACGGCGCGUUCACGCCGGCCCAGAAGAUUGUGUACGAGGGCGUGCUCGAGGCGCAGCGCGCGGUCUACAAAAUCAUGCGGCCGGGGUGCUCGUGGACGGACUGCCACCUGGCGGCGGAGCGGGAGAUUCUGAAGUCGCUGGUGACCCUCGGGGUGUUGCGGGGCGACCUCGACGCCAUGGUCGCCGCGGAGCUCGGCGGCGUGUUCCUGCCGUGCGGCCUGGGCCACUUCAUCGGCGUCGACUGCCACGACGUCGGCGGCUACCUCCCCGACCACCCGCCGCGGUCGAGCCGCCCGGGCCUGCGGAAGCUGCGCACGGCGCGCGUGCUGGACGUGGGCAUGAUGCUCACCGUGGAGCCGGGCUGCUACUUCAUCGACGCGCUGCUCGACCCCGCGCUCGAAAACCCCGAGACGGCCGCGUUCUUCGACGCGGACCGCCUGGCCCAGUUCCGCGGCUCGGGCGGCGUGCGCCUCGAGGACGUGAUCCUCAUCACGGCGGACGGGCUGGAGAACUACACGACGUGCCCGCGGACCGUCGCGGAGGUCGAGGGCGUCAUGGCCGGCGGCGCGUGGCCCCCGGCGACGGACGCCGCGCCGGACCUGAACCGGAAAUGGGCCAAGUUCGAGAACGGCGGGCUCGUCGACGUGGCGCUCUAG